AGCCGGCUCGGCUCCGCAGAGAGAUCAGGGCAAAGUAUGAAUCGCUCAUCACCCGAAAUCAGAUAAAGACCGUCAGCUCAGCAAGGACGCAGGUAAUGCCUCCUCACAGCCACACACCUUGCAGAGUACGGAGCCAUUCCCUGGCCGUACAGUUCCUCCCGCAGCCUCUAUGAGUUAGAAGAAGGUACAAGUAAAAGAAUGGACAAAGAUGCAGAAGCACUAAAGGCAGCCAGAGCAGAACUGUGUGAAGCCCGACGGCAGUGGCACCACAUGCAGAUCGAAAUCGAGUCUCUCCACGCUGUGGAAAAGGGUUUGGAACGUUCACUGUGGGCCACAGAGCAGCAGUACCACAUGCAGCUACAAAAUUUGGAAGGUGAGAUUGAAUGCUUGGAGAAAGAGUUGUUGGAAGUGAGAAGGGGAAUUGAGAAACAGCUUCGAGAGCACGAAAUUCUCCUGAAUACGAGGAUGAAGCUGGAGGAGGAGAUAGCGACAUAUCGCAGUCUGUUGGAGCAAGAAGAGAGCAGGUUUUGCAGCUCAGUACCUGCCCAGAAGGAUGACAAAAAGCCCAGCACUACCAAGAUCACCUUUACACUGCCUUCAGAGGAUGUAAAGAAGCACAAACCAAAGAAGGUGGAACUGAUGACAAAACAGGCAAUCCUAGAUGGAAAUAUCAUGAAGGAAAGUGCUGAAGCUCAUGGCACUGUACAGACAGAAAAAGUGGAUGAAGUUAUUAAGGAAUGGGAAGGUUCUUUCUUUAAGGACAACCCUCGCUUAAGGAAAAAAUCGGUUUCUUUGCGUUUUGAUCUCCACCUGGCAGCCACAGAGGACGGGUGUUUGCACACAAAAAAGAAAACUCUCCCCGACAUUGAAGUCAGGCUGGUGAUGAGGAGAUCCUGCAGCAUCCCAUCCAUCAAACCUUAACCUCAGCCAAUUCCCUCAAAGUGCAUCCACAAUGGGCUCCGGAAAUGAACUGUAGAUGGACUCCCACGGCUGCUGCCUGCUACAACCACAAUAUUUUACCAAGCACUUGGAUCAAUACAAUAAAACCAUAGAAGUCCUUUAAAAGAAACGGUGAAGUGCAAGGAGGUUCCAGUUCCAAGAAACCCAACUUUUACCGGUUUUAUACUCUGGGUGCAGCCCUUUAAUUUUCUCAUUGUUGUUGUUUUGUAGAAUUUCGCCAAAUAUUACAAAAACUAAACUAGAACUUUAUAGUUUGACAUA